CUCCCACAGUCCGGCUACUAGUUCAGUCCCACCAGCAGCGCCAGCAAGAAGUAGUAGUUACCCCCUAGUGUCGGUGACUGGACUUGACACCUUCUGCUUCUCCGUUUUGCAGGCACUUCCCGUCCAGGACAUCCCAGCCGUGACCAUGAGCGCCUACUACCCCACCCAGUGCACCCCCACCGUGUACCCGGCCGACCCCUUCGACGCCCAGGCCGACGCCGAGACGCUCCGCGCCGCCAUGAAGGGCUUCGGCACGGACGAGAAGGCCAUCACGGACGUCCUGGGGCGGCGCUCCAUCGUCCAGCGCCUGGAGAUCGCGGAGGCGUUCAAGACCAUGUACGGCAAGGACUUGAUCAAGGAGAUUAAGAGCGAGGUUAGCGGCAACUACGAGACGGCGCUGGUGGCCCUGCUCACGCCGCUGCCCAACUACUACGCCAGCGAGCUGCACCACGCCAUCUCCGGCCUCGGCACGGACGAGCAGGCGCUCGUCGAGGUGCUCUGCACGCUCAGCAACUACGGCGUCCGGACGGUGGCGCAGGUGUACGAGAACAUGUACGAGAAGUCGCUGGAGAAGGACCUGAAAGGUGACACCUCCGGCAACUUCAAGAGGCUCCUGGUCUCCCUGUGUACCGCGAACCGUGAUGAGAACGCUGAAAUCGACCCGGCCGCCGCCCUGGCCGACGCGGAGGCUCUGCUCAACGCCGGCGAGAACCAGUGGGGCACCGACGAGUCCACGUUCAACAUGAUCCUGGUCUCGCGCAGCUACGCGCACCUGCGCCAGGUGUUCAAGGAGUACGAGCGGCUGGCCGACCACGACAUCGAGAAGGCCAUCAAGCGCGAGUUCGCCGGCUCCAUGGAGGACGGCUUCCUCUCCAUCGUCAAGUGCGUCAAGGACAAGACCGCCUACUUCGCCGAGCGCCUGCACGACGCCAUGGCCGGGGCCGGCACCAACGACCGCACCUUGAUCCGUAUCAUCGUCGCCCGCUCCGAGAUCGACCUGGGCGACGUCAAGGAGGCCUACAUGCGCCUGUACGACAAGGCCCUGGAGGACCGCAUCGAGUCCGACUGCUCUGGCGAUUACAAGAAGCUCCUCAUCACGCUUGUGGCGUAGAUGAUGAUGAUUUCCUUUCUCUUUGCACCUCCCAUGGGGAUGGGUGGAUGGAUUAGGGGGUUGAAAAGCUUUAAGAAUAGAAACUAUCGGGGCACUUAAUUGGGGAUCUGUUUCUGGAGUUUUGCUUCUCGUGGUUUUGCUACCCCGCACUUAUCAGAUUUGGCUAGUGCAUUAAAUGUACCUGUAUCCAAGAGACUUCAUUCCAUUUCCUUUUUUGCUAUGUGAAAAUCUUUGCCCCAUACGUACUGGUCUCUGGUCUUAUUUAUUUAGUGCAGAAAGUUAACUGUUGGGAGGUGUGUCAAUUUUAAUUUAUACAAAAUCUGACUUUUAUCUUUCAUACCGAUCAACGUUUUAUGUUUAAAUAAUUUUCAGGACACUAAGGUGGCACAAUUUUAUGAUU